AUGGCUUUUCAACUAUUAGCAUUGGUUUCAAUUAUUUUCGGGCCUAUUGGAUUUACAGAGGCCUCCAACGAACCUUCAAAAACACCUUGGGAACUUGAGGAAAUUACUACAGCGGACCAACUCAAGUACUCACUUUUCAUAACUGGCAAAUGGUUGACAGCUGAGAAAUUCUAUUAUGCAACCAAUAGUAGUGAUCUGGAAUUGUACAAUGUCCGCACGCAGAAGACAAAAGUACUUCUAAGUAGAGAGGAGUUGGGAAAAUAUUACAAAAGCGAACCGAUUAUCGAUUUAAGUGCAGAUGAAAAGGAACUUUUUAUAUCGUCUAGUUAUCCGUCGAAUUACACUCUCCUCAACAUUGAAGGCGCAAGUGCAAAAGUUCUAUAUAGUAAUAUCACCAGUUAUAGCCAAGAGAACCGAUUAAUUUUCACCUCUAAUAGGACCCUCUGUUUGAGACUUGAAAACGUUAACUUAAAAUGCUUAACACCCCCUGAGUCUACCGAAUUUGUAAACCAUAUACCUUCGCCAGAUGGAACUAAAGUUGCCGUCACUAUCCAGGACGAAAGUCGAGUAAAGUUCCACAAAUUGUUACUGUAUGGCGAUAUAGAUGGCUUUUCCAAUCAGUAUGUAAAAGAAAAGGACAUCAAAUAUGCUAAGAUAGGCGCCGAAAAAGGAACACAAUAUCUCCAAAUAUAUGACUUAAGAAAUCCCGCUCUAGAGCAAGUGAGCGUCAAGGCUCCUGAAGAUAUAGUCGGACCAGAUAGCUAUUUGGAUAGAUAUCUUUGGUUAAAUCAUACUCACUUGCUGGUUAUAUGGCUAAAUCGACGCCAAAACGUGUCCACAUUUCAAGUUUGCGCCACUAGUGGUGUUUGUCAAGAGGUCAAGCGUUUGCAAGAAUUAAACGGCUGGGUUGAGGGAGUAAACUCCUAUGAUCAUGGCACAAAUAUAGAAGUUGUCAACAGCGGGAGAAAUUGUAUUUUCCUUUACUGGAUCGACGAUUGGUAUCAGAUAUGGAACAUGGAUCUGGAGACUGGUAAAAAUAUAUGGCAAAGCAGAGGCAACUUUACCGUCCUUAAGAUCUAUGGAUAUGAUGAAAAAAAUGACAAGAUUUAUUAUCAAGCCACAAGGCCGAACGAUCCUGCAGUCGCCCAUAUCUUUAGCAACGAUGAGUGCCUCACCUGUGAAUUGCGUGAUGAGGAAGGAACUGUCUGUGAACAUGCCGAUGCCUCAUUUAAUGACGACUUUUCGCUCUUUGCAGCAUUCUGUCGGGGACCUAGUGUACCAUAUUCCAUUAUUUUGGAAACCAAUGCGAGGAGGGUACUACGUGUCAUUGAAAAGUUCAGUGAUAUACGCCUACAAGUGGCCAACAAACUUCAGCCCAUUAGCAAGUACAUGAAUGUUACCUUGGCCGAUGGCAGCUCUGGCUAUGCCAAGCUCCAGUUACCUCCAAAUUUUUCUGAAACCAAGAAGUAUCCGCUUCUGGUUUACGUUUAUGGUGGGCCGCAUACUACAGUGGUUUCCAAGCAAUUUAAAAUUGAAUUUCAACAUUAUAUGACAACCAAACAUAAUGUCAUUUGGGCCUACAUCGAUGGACGGGGUACUCCCAAUAAGGGUAGAAGCCUACAAUUUUCUGUUAACAAUCACUUGGGAGACUUUGAAGUGCAGGAUCAACUGCAUGUAACGCAUUGGUUUCAGGAAAACCUACCCUAUGUAGAUAGCAAACGGACAGGUAUUUGGGGACACAGCUAUGGAGGCUAUAUGGUUAUCAAAAUUCUGCAAGCUGAUGAUAAGGGAGUCUUCCAAUGCGGCGCAGCCGGAGCACCCGUUACAACAUGGACUCUGUAUAAAAACUGGUAUGGAGAAAGAUAUAUGGGCCUGCUGGACACAGUGGAGCAAUUAAGGGAUUUCAACAGAAGCAGCACUCUAAAUGAUAUUGAAAAUCUCCGAUCGCACCAGCUAUUACUGAUGCAUGGGACAGCCGAUGACAAUGUUCCCAUUGAACAUACGCAUGUAUUGGCCAAAAAGUUACAAGAUGCGAAUAUACUCUUUGAUGAAAUGAUUUUUGUUGAUGCCGACCAUCAUUUCUCGUACAUCUAUAGCUUUAAGCUAAUGGAGCGUUUCUUUACAAGAUGCUUGAAACUAUCUGAAUUAUAAAGAAAACAUAAUAAAAAUUAAAUAAGAAGAAGUGAAAAUAAGACACGAGAUAUCUUCAUUCAAAAUUUAAUACACUUUC